AUUUUUCAUAUACAUUAGCUCAUUCGGAAACAUUUUUUCACUCGUAUACGUAUUCACUACAUAUUCUACACAUGAAAAACAAUUUGAAUAACCAAACGUAUAUUAUAUAUUUUAUAAAAGUAGUCAAAAUUUUACAAGGACGACACGAAAUAGAAUUAUUUGAAAUUUGUCAACUAAAUGGAAAACCACAGAAGAAAACUGGAAAGAGAUGCAUUGGGAUCCUUGGAGGUGCCAAAUGAUCGUUAUUUUGGUGCUCAGACAAUGCGCAGUUCGUUGCAGUAUCAUAUUGGUGGCCAGGAGGAACGGGUACCCAGAGCCGUUAUCCAAGCUAUGGGUAUCGUGAAGAAAGCCGCAGCCGAAGUUAGCCAAGAAUUUGGCUUAGAUCCAGAAAUCAGUUCAUCCAUCGCAAAAGCAGCCGAUGAAGUAAUAACGGGCCAACUAUACGAUGAGGGACACUUUCCAUUGCACAUUUGGCAAAGUGGUUCCGGAGCCCAGACCAAUAUGAACGUCAACGAGGUAAUUAGCGCUAGAGCAAAUGAAAUAAUGGGUGGCACUCAGGAUCCUGUGCAUCUCUAUGACCAUGUGAACAAUUUGCAUAGUUCGAAUGAUACAUAUCCGACGGCCAUACAUAUUGCAGUCGGCAUAGAGUUGACGCAUCGUUUAAAGCCCGCUCUAACGUUGCUUCAUGAUUCAGUGAAGGCAAAGUCAACUGGAUGUAAUAAAAUAAUCAUGAUGGGACACAUCAAAACUACCAAGGAUGCUGGGCCGACGACUUUAAGCCAGAACUUCAGUGACUAUGCCCAUCAAUUGAGCAAUUGUCUGGAGCGUUUGGAGGCCGUGUUGCCACGUGUUUGGCAAUUGAGAAUGGGUGAAACUACCGCCGGUACAGGACAUUCAAUCCGUAAGGGUUUCGCAGGGAAAUGCAUUGAACGCAUUGCCCAAAUAACCUCGUUGCCCUUUGCCAAGACAGCGAAUUUCAUGGAGUCAUUGGGUGCACGUGAUGCCAUGGUCGAGGUGCAUGGAGCAUUGAAUACCAUUGCCGCCAGCAUUAUGAAGAUAGCCAAUGGUGUACGGUUCUUGUGCUUGGACCCACGUAAUGGUCUUAGUGAGACCGAAGGCGGUAGCCCAGGGAAUCUGAGUCAUUGCGAGGUGCUCACUAUGAUUUGUGUCCAGGUAAUGGGCAAUCAUGUGGCCGUCACCAUUGGCGGAAACAAUGGACAUUUCGAGCUAAAUGCUUUCAAGCCGUUGGUGGCGUCAAAUGUUUUACGUUCGAUAAAGUUACUUACUGAUGGUUGCAUUAGUUUCAACGACAAUUGCCUCAGGGCCAUUAACGACAAUAAGGAGAAUGUUGCUAAAAUGAUGGGUGAUUCUUUAAUGUUGGCUUCUACUCUAGAGCCUCAUGUAGGCUUUGAGCGGGCCUGUCAAUUAGCUGCAUCAGCCUUGAUGAAUGGUACUACCCUGAAGGAUGAGUGUCUUAGGAUAGGAAUUUCAGAGACUCAAAUCAACGAUUGGUUGUGUUCAGAUGAGACGCCAAGUCUCCAUUAAAUUGUUCUGUUUUA